AUUUAAAUAAAGUCCAUUGCUUGCGAGGAGUCGCCUGGAAAUAAUUUCUCAUUGCUGAUAGGUUGUUUAGCUACACCAGGCACACUUGCCCGUGGGUUGGCCUACGUGCUCUUCUUUCCCCAGUUUCUCAUUGGCUUUUGGUAAUGAUAGUUCCCUGCCAUCAUUUGCCAGUGCAGUUCUCAGUGAAUAUUGUAUGUGGUGUCUGGCUUUGGUGCUGAUCAUUUGAAUCAGCAGGUAGCGAGGAGGAAAGGUAUUAUGGAUGCGCACACCAGAUGAUGGAAUUUCUUCCAAAUAUCGCAGCUGCUCGACCAGGACUGUCUCCCUCCGAAAUUAGAUAAGAGGCGAGACAGGAGAAUACAUCGGGGAAGAUGUUCUGCGCGAAGCUGAAAGAACUGAAGAUAUCCGGAGAGUGUCCAUUCUCCAGCAGCGCCAAAAAUAAUGAGCUCGGAGACUUUGAAGAGUGCUCUACUGACGCGGCGGAUGGAUUGCCUAUUUCUAAGGACGUGCAUGGGAAAAUAGGUGAGGAGCCACCUCGACAGAAGACAAGCAGAGCCAAAGUUAACCUGCAUACACUUGGAGACAGCAUCCGAAAAUUGGCAUGUCCCGAGUUUCAAAGGCUGCAUACUGCCCUCCAACGAAUGAUGCGACUAUCAGAUCACACUAGAGACUCUGAAAGUCCAAUGAUUUGCUGCACAGACUAUCAGCAUUGCAGCAAUGAACCGGAGCAUUUAAUGGAAAUGAUGAACAUUUUCUCUACCAAAACAGCAAUCCCGAUGGAAGGUCUGAAAGUUUCUCUUGGUGAGGAACUCUUCAACAUGUGUUAUGAGGAGGACGGACAGAUUCUGAGGGUGGUGGGGGGUGCUCUUCACGACUUCCUCAACAGCUUCAAUGUCUUAUUGAAACAGAGCAACAUGCUGCCAAACCCGGACAGAAAGGAUUGUGUAAAUGAACCAUCAGUGCUGUGCUUAGACAAGGAUCCGGGUCUGCUCACUGUCUAUUUCUUCAACCCCCACCAAACCACUGAGCUCUUUUUUCCUGGAGUCAUCAAAGCCGCUGCCCGCCUGCUGUAUCACACCAGUGUGGAUGUGUUGAUGGAUCCACCCUGUGCUAAAGACAGCAUUUUGCAGUCCAGCCCACAGCCCAGUCUUCUGUACACAGUUGUUGUUAAGGAUGCUAAAAAUCUGAGCCCCAGUCCGCUGCGGGCUACUUCAGCUGGGACCCUUCCUACCUCUCUCUUCUCCACCAUCUUCCCUUUCCAUCUGAUUUUAGACCAGGACUUGGUUCUGGUUCAAAUAGGUCAUGGGCUGAGGAAGAGGCUGACCAGGAAGGACGGACUGAGGCGGCCUGGUACCUUCCAAGAGCACUUCUCUAUCGUGUCCCCCCAGAUCAAAUGCACCUUUCAGGGUAUUCUGACCAUGCUAAACACACAGUUUAUCAUUCGGAUCAAGAAUGAAGUCUCUGCUACAGAUAACACAGGGAAGCUCAUGGACCUUAAAGGUCAGAUGAUCUAUGUUUCUGAGUCCAACGCCAUCUUAUUCCUGGGCUCACCAUGUGUGGACAAGCUGGAGGAGCUAACAGGCCGUGGCCUCUACCUGUCUGAUAUCCCUAUUCAUAAUGCACUGCGUGAUGUAGUGCUGGUUGGUGAACAGGCCAAAGCCCAGGAUGGUUUGAAAAAGCGUCUGGGGAAGGCCAAGGCAGCUUUGGAGCAUGCCCACCAGGCUCUGGAGGAGGAAAAGAAGAAGACAGUGGACCUCCUCUUCUCCAUCUUCCCUGGCACUGUGGCACAGCAGCUGUGGCAGGGCCAGACGGUGCAGGCCAAGAAGUUUGACAGCAUUACAAUGCUCUUCUCUGAUAUUGUGGGCUUCACGGCUGUUUGCUCCCUCUGCACCCCGAUGCAAGUGAUCACCAUGCUCAAUGAGUUGUACACCAGGUUUGACCACCAGUGUGGAGAGCUUGAUGUUUAUAAGGUGGAAACCAUUGGUGAUGCAUAUUGUGUAGCUGGUGGUUUACACAAGGAGAGUGAGACUCAUGCUGUCCAAAUCGCGCUCAUGGCUUUAAAAAUGAUGGAACUCUCAGACGACGUUAUGACACCAACUGGAGAACCAAUACAGAUGCGUAUUGGCCUCCACUCUGGCUCAGUACUGGCGGGUGUAGUUGGAGUGAAGAUGCCACGCUACUGCCUAUUUGGAAAUAAUGUCACAUUGGCUAAUAAGUUCGAAUCCUGCAGCCAACCACGAAAAAUCAACAUCAGCCCCACAACCUACAGAUUGCUGAGGGAUUGCCCAGAGUUUGUCUUCGUUCCCAGGAGCAGGCAGGAGCUUCCGGCCAACUUCCCAAAAGACAUCCCUGGUGUUUGUUACUUUUUGGAGGCAUCUUCAAAACUUCAAAUCUGACUCUGAAACAAAGCCAAGCUGCUGCAGAGCUUGAAAAACAUUACAUAUGAAGUAACAUAAGCAAAUUUAGUGAACACAGUGCAAACACCUUGUAUAUUUUGGUCUAGGUUGUUUAGAUAUUGAUGACAUUGUCUAUUAGUCAAACUAUUGCAGCUGCUUAAUUAUAGAGAUGUCAGUUUGCUGUCAAACAUGAGUCUAGUCUCUGUACAAUUAUCCAUUUGUGCAGUUGUAGUGGAAAGAAACACUCAUUUCCCUAAUUUUUCUUCCAGAAUGAGUCAUCUCUGCAAAUUGAUAUGAUAUAAAAAGUUGCUUUAUGUUCCACUGCAGUCAGUGAAAGAUGAAAAGUGGUCAAAAGUGCAUAAACUGUAGCUGUUUUUGCUUUGCAGGUUUGCAGUGAAUUCAGAUCUUGCAUAGUGUAAAUACAGUAUGAUACCGAAAUACAUUCUGGAUGUAGAUCCUCGAUGUGAUGUUGUAAAACAGAGUGGUUUCUAUUAUCAGGAUUAUUUUUGUAAAUAUUUUUCUGGUUCAUUCACAUCUGUCCAGACUAAGUAUCUGCUAAAAUACCUUUGCCUGUUGGGAAGAAGAAAUCAAGAUUAAGAUUAAAUUUGCUUUGGAUGUUUUAUUAGAGAGAUUUUCAUGACAAAUAAUAUUUAAACCUGAAGCAAAUAUGACCUUUAUUCCAAGAUUUAGGACCAAAUAAAGCAAUGCAGAGCAGAUUCAGGUGCCUUAUGGUAACUAUACAGACAGGAUCACAGCUGAUAGAGAUUCUUGAAUAGUUUCAAGCAUUUUUAGUUAAUUUCACUGUGUAUUUCCUUUAGAUAUGGUUCAACAUGAAUUUUCAUGUUUGUAGUUUCUUCCAGAGGUAUGUAGUUUCAGCUUAAUAUGUACUGUACAUUUAUAAUGUGUAACUUAAAUGUUCGUUUUAGACAUAAAGCAAUCCCAUUUUCCUAAUAUAUGCCAUGUAUUUUUACUUUUUUCCACUGUACACAUUUACACUCUAUUUAUUACAUGGGUUUCAUAGCACUCCUUUCUCAGAGGGAAUACAGCACAAGAAUACAGUGAAUGUUUUAUUAUCACUUAUAAUGAUGUGCUUAUUAUUAUUAUUGUAAUGCAAUGAAAGCGCAAUA